AUGUCUGCAUCAGGGCAUGACUCAGGAAGCCCUCCUUCGGGGAUGAUAUCCCUGCAUGUCCCAACCUCUCCUCAGGCUCGGGCGAAGAGAAGAAUAGCCACCUUGAUGGAAGAGGUCGAACUCUUGAAGCAGGACAAAGCAACCAAGCAGAGGAAAACAACGUAUUAUGUUUCACAGGGUCGAGAAAUCCGUCGUUUGGUCGCCUUGUACACUCCUAUAGAGGAUUUAAUUGCUGAAAACGACCGACGGUGUGAAUAUGAAGAUACUUCCGGCGUUUCCACUGUAGAGCAAGACCGCCUACAACGUAGUUAUGUCAAACUUGUCAAGGCGUUGCCGUGGAUUCACGACAAGAUAGCAAGUCUUGACGACGAGGAGUCUGAAGACAUGCUUAAAAAGCUCAAGCGAGGUGCGGACUCAGCUCGCGGCGAUGACACGGGUACCCUUAAAGAGCUCGUAGCAUCAUGGGUAAACAUCGAGUUUCGUCCAACUCCUCUCAUCUCGACCAACGACAAGCAUCAUCGAGGGUUUGUAAACGACACAUGUGUGAUAUUCCGUAUUCUUUACUGUCUUCAUUUAUAUGUCGCUGAUACUAUGCGGUCCAAUGUCAAGGCCGGCAUUCGAGACCGUACAACCGCUUUCAUCGUCUCCGAAAAUUCAUGGCCCCUAUUUAUGUAUCAAAACUGUGCAGCUGACGCCGGCAAUCUAGAGCACGGUCUCAUGAAAUCUAAGCUAUUAGUGAUGGGGUUGAAGGCCCUCUUUACCUCUCCCUCAUCUGCCAGCGAGAUGGAUGGUGAAGGUCAAGGCACCGAUAUAAUCGAGAACAAUCGACGUGCACGGAGACAAGAUCAAGCCAAGGUAAAGACAUGUGUUGCGUCUAUUAUCGGUAUGAGGAAGGUUACUCCUCGGGCGAUUGCAUAUACAGCUUGUCAAAUCCGAUUCGCUCUCUCUAGUAUCACUUCAUGGCGCAACGUAGACGGAGAUUUCGAUUACGAGAUAUUCUGGACCAAUAUCGUAGAUUUCUUCGAGGAUGCUCCGGGUCCAGCUGUGCGAGCCAGGGUCAAUGAACUUCUUGAGUGGUGGACCAGAAAAGUUUUUGGAAGAAAUCACAGACAAGACUUGACGUCGGACGUAAUUUCCCGGAUGUCCGUCCGUACACUUGCUGCUCAGAGACUAGCGAUGGAAGAUGCUGCAUUGGAUUCUGACUCUUGA